AUGAAUUCGAAGAUCCAAGUCCUAGUUAAAGAAGAAGUCGAGAAGAUGCAUAAAUCAAGCAUUAUCAGGGUGGCCAAGUACAAUCAGUGGUUAUCUAACAUAGUGCAUGUUCGCAAGAAGAAUGGCAAGUUGCGAGUCUAUGUGGAUUACAGAGACCUUAAUGUGGCUACACCUAAAGAUAUUUAUCCCAUGCUGGUCACGGAUAUGUUGGUAGACGCAGUAGCGGGACAUGAAUUGUUAUCCUUCAUGGAUGGAACUGCAGGACAGAGUGAGUUUGUAUGGGACCUUCAACAUCAAGAGGCUUUUGACAUGAUCAAGGCCUAUCUGGCAAAUCUGCCAGUACUAGUUCCCCCCAGGCCUGGUUUUCCCUUAAAAUUAUAUAUUUCAGCAGCGGAGGCUUCCAUUGGUAGCCUCCUCGCCCAGGAUGACGAAGCUGGUGUCGAACACGCUAUCUUUUACCUUAGUUGGACACUCACAGAUUGCGAAACAAGGUACACUCCAAUGGAAAAGUUGUGCCUCACUCUUUACUUCUCCGCCUACAAGCUGCGACAUUACAUGUUAUCCUUUACUACUUGUAUCAUCGCUCAGACCGAUCUGAAAGCAGUGAAAGGACAAGCCAUCACAGACUUUCUAGCGCAUCACCCCAUGUUGGACGUUCCCGCGAUAAGAGACAUAGAAGUCGUUAUUGAAAUUGUAGAUCGCCCGGAUUUGGCAUGCUUACCUGAAUACACCAUGUUAUAUCAAGCCACAGUUUCACUCCAACCCUGGGUGUUAUAUUUUGAUGGCUUGCGAACGGAGACACUGGCUGGAGCCGGAGUCAUCUUGGAAAAUCCAGCUGGCGAUCGUUUCUCAUAUUCCUUUCAGCUAGAGUUCCGGUGCCCCAACAAUCAGGCCAAAUACAAGGCCCUCAUUAUUGGCUUAGAGGUGUUGAUAGAACUGGGAGUCAGAGACAUCCAGGUACGUGGUGAUUCUUUACUCGUGAUCAAUCAGCUUUGCGAGAAGUACAGAUGCUCCAGCUACAUGCUUGCACCAUAUUUGAAUCGCGCUCUUGAACUUCUGGCCUAA